AUGCAUCUCUCAUUCGUCAUCCCGGCGCUUUCCGCCGCGUGCUUCGUUGCGGCAAUCGACUUCACCAACUACGACCCACAACCCGGCGUGCAGCCCGAGUUUAAGGACUUCCUCCGCGCUCUGGUCACUCCCGCGGAGGAUCCCGCCGCCACGACGGCAUAUACUGACUUUUUCACGCGAGAUGGUAUGCAAACGACCCUGAGCAUUCACUGCGUUGGCGCCGAAGCGAUUACCAGAUGCAAGCAACGCUUCUUGCCCAUUGAUGGCAACAUGAGCUUGACGCACUUUCCCAAUACAACUUUUGUUGUCGACAACAACGCAACCGCAACAGUAUAUGAGGCCCACGGACGCAUUGAAAACAACUUCAAGACGGGUAACUGCUCGCAGAUCUACUACAAGACUCAAUACACAAUCCUGAAGACAAAUCAGUCUGUUGAUGCGGCGCCGAACCUGUCCACUAUACCAGAGCAGCAGGUGUAUUGGUACCACGACUACUUUGUCAGCCCUAUCGGCGUGCCGUCUGACAUUCCCUGUGACAGUUUGAGGACUUAG